AUGUUAUACACCGCGCUCGAAGGGGAACGACGAUUUCAUCAGCCAAUACAACACAAGCAUACAGCGGUAGGCACUAGAAACAGACAAUUUAUUGCCCACAAUAGUACGACCGCCACAGCGGGGAGGACACACAAACAAUUAUUGCUCUUUCGUGGAAAUCCAUUCUUUUUAUACCACUUUUUCGGUCGCUGGGAAUAUGCAAAUUUGCACGCGAAGUCGUGGCACCUAUCCAAAGAGCUUUGUGUGGGACAAGCUACUGGCCAGUAUGUAGGUAAUAGCGCUCUCAGUGAGUCCAAGGAGGAUUCCGAACACUCCCAAAUACACCGCAUGCCAAACUGCUGAAACGGCCCGGUGAGUGGAUUCACAAUUCGCAAAAAAAAGGGGCGGAAAAACUUUUUGUCGGGGAAGAAAUGGGGAGUUUUUGGGGCGAGAGAGUACGUUUUGCGCGGCUUUUCUCUGUCUUCUUUGUGAAAUGAAGACGAAGUGUAAAAAACCGAUAGCGAAGAGUCUAUUCCGAUCACCGGACUCCUCAGUUUGACGUGCAUCGCCUUAGGGCUCCACAGUUUAAAGUGCCUCGUUCUCUGACUAAAAAAAAAUCUUUUCGUUUGUGAAGAAUUUUUUUCUUCACAAGGAGUAUAUCACUCGUUGUGUACCUUUGUUUUCAAGACAGAGCGUAAAAUUCUGGUUUUCUCUGUUUAGACUCUAUUUGGUCCUUAUUGCUGUUUGGGACCGAGAAUAUUACCUUCUCGCAGCGCCUGCGGCAUGCCUAUUGGCCAAUGCUAUAUUCUACGUUGGUUUCUGUGUUAAAUGGCGAUUUUUUUGUGUUCCCAUUUUCGUUGUUGAGGUAAGGACGUUUACAGAACGCCAACUUGCCGUUUCAUUAUUUAAUUUUUUUACUGGAUCCUUUCAGCUCGUCACAACGCCUUUUUAUUUCUACCUAUUCUUCCACUACAUGCCGAUGGCAUUUAACGUCGAUUACGACACCGAAUACUACAAGACGUUUCACAUCGCCCACAUCGUUGCAGUUUUUGUCUCGCUUGUGGUUGGAUUCGCAAAACUCUCUACGUUUCCGAUCAUCUACCAUGCGUUUCGAAUGCUGCCUUACCCUGACAAGCACAAAAUGGGAAAUGAUAUGGCUGAGGCGGCACUUGUUGCUGUCGUAUUUUUUGCCGUUUUGCUGUUUGCAAUGGCCACAGGCAAAGGCCAAGUAAUUAACUUGUGCCAACCUUGUCCUUGCUGCAAGGGGGAUGUAGAAGAUCAGCCGGAAAGGAGGGAUAUUUCAACAAUCACCUGA